AGCGGUCCAUCGCGGUCAAAAAAGCCCGGGGGGAGCGCGAGGCGAGGCGAAAAGCGCAGGGAACCCGGGGGGCUCGAGUCCACUUCGUUUUUGCACAGAGAAUCGGCUGAGAGUUGGACAGGACUAUGGCCAUGUUCUCAGCUCUGGGGCUACUCUUCCUCUGCCAGCUUUUGGCAUCAUCACUUGCCCAGCAGAGACCAGGUCCUCGUGGGGCACCUGGACCUCCAGGACCACCGGGACCCCCAGGGAAGGAUGGCAUUGAUGGAAAGCCAGGCCCUGCCGGACUUCUUGGAAAGCCUGGUCCUAAAGGAAAAGCUGGAACCCCAGGGACAGCUGGGGCUCCCGGCCUGCCUGGCCUUCCGGGAGUGGACGGUUUGCCGGGUCCCGAUGGUCCAGCAGGGAAGGAUGGACCCCCAGGGCAGCGAGGUGAUGCAGGACCUCCUGGACCACCUGGACCUCCUGGUAGAGGGAGAACAGGAGCUGCUGGGCUUCCCGGAGCAAAUGGACUGCCAGGAGGACCGGGACCUCAGGGACCCCCGGGACCUGAGGGUCUUCCAGGACUUCCUGGUCUUUCAGGUCCAGAUGGGCCACCUGGACUUCCUGGGGCUCUUCCUGAGGGCAAUGGAGAACUUUUGUGCCCUGCCAUCUGUCCACCAGGUCCCCCAGGACCACCCGGAAUGCCCGGUUUUAAGGGGCACACAGGUCACAAAGGAGACAAAGGGGAACUUGGGAAAGAUGGUGAGAAGGGUGAUCAAGGUCCCCCCGGCCCACCUGGUAUCCCAGGAACAGUGGGUCUACAGGGCCCUCGAGGUUUGAGAGGACUUCAGGGUCCAGUGGGGCCAGUUGGAGACAGAGGUUUGCCGGGUUUCAGAGGAAAGCCUGGAGCUGCUGGUGUGAUCGGGAAAACAGGCGAUGCCGGAGAGAAAGGACCACAGGGUUUCAGAGGACCUAAAGGAGAGAUUGGGAAAAUAGGCCCUAAGGGACAGCCGGGACCUCAAGGCCCCAAAGGCGAACCUGGCAUCCCGGGCAGAGACGGUAAGGACGGCACUCACGGGCUGGACGGAGAGAAAGGUGACUCCGGACCGCCUGGUGUGCCUGGAGAGAAAGGGCCUAAUGGUUUGCCGGGUUUGCAAGGGAAAGCUGGUGCAAAAGGAGCCAAAGGAGCAGCUGGUGAUUCAGGAGAGAUGGGAGAAGCAGGACCGUCCGGAGAGCCAGGUAUUCCUGGUGAGAUUGGUAUUCCAGGAGAGAGAGGUGAAUCUGGACCACGAGGCGUGGCUGGUGCUAUCGGACUGAUUGGAAAUCCUGGACCUCAGGGUGUCAAAGGAUUCCAGGGCAUUAAAGGUGCUAUUGGUGACCCUGGCCUGCCAGGACCAACUGGACUAAGGGGUGCAUUUGGUGAGAGGGGUCCAGUAGGAGCUUCAGGAUCUAAAGGAGACAUGGGUAUUGCUGGAAGUGAUGGCUUACCAGGAGAAAAUGGAGAAACGGGUCCAUUUGGUCCUCCUGGCCAAAAAGGAGAGCCUGGGCAGCAUGGUGAGCUGGGGCCUAAAGGAGUAACUGGACCUCAGGGAGAAAUUGGAGCCAGAGGACUACCUGGAAAACCAGGUCUGAUGGGACUCCAAGGAGAACCGGGUCUUCCUGGCGUUGCUGGAAAGACUGGCGUUCCUGGAAAACUGGCAAGUGAACAGCAUAUAAGAGAACUGUGUGGACCAAUGAUUGAUGACCAGAUUGCACAGCUGGCUGCCAAUCUAAGAAGGCCUCUGGCUCCUGGAGCAGUUGGACGGCCAGGCCCGGCUGGGGCUCCUGGAAAGGCAGGAGAACCUGGGUCCAUUGGCCACCCCGGAGCCCGUGGUCCUCCCGGCUACAGAGGCCUUCCUGGAGAUCUGGGUGAUCCCGGUCCCAGAGGUGAUUUUGGCGAACCAGGUGACAAGGGAUCUACUGGAAAGGCUAUUGAGGGGCCAGUUGGAGACCAAGGAGAACCAGGUCUCCAAGGAGUACACGGCAUUGUUAAAGAUGGACGUGAUGGUGCACCUGGAGAUCCAGGUGAGCCAGGAGAACCUGGCAGGCCAGGCAGGACAGGGCACCAGGGACCCCCAGGAAUCUGCGAUACAACAGCCUGCCAGGGCGCAGCGGUCCACGGGAAGUCCUCCAAUCCCAAGAAUCAUUAAACAAAGAUGGCUUCCUCUUUAAAAACACAGUUGCACCCCAAGGAGAGAAGAAAGAGCAAGAAAUCAAGGGGAAUAAGAUGAACCACAGAAUUCCCUUUUAAAAUGUUUGGGGGUAAGAAAAAGCAUAUGAGAAAUAUCAGUGGAUGUGAGAAAUCAAAAGAUGAUGGAACAUCAACAGUGUUUUAAGAACUAUGCAAUUGUUGGGAUGAGCAGGAACGAGUGAGCUGAAAGACUUCAAGCCAAGACUUCAUCAAAGACAAAUCAAAAGAGCAAGGCAGUGCGAAAAGUACAAACAAGUACCAUUAUGUGUAGAUGUGUAAAAAAGUAAAAAGACUAAAAAUUGCUUACUGAAAUGGUGAAAACUGGCCAGUCAAAACCAUAUACUUUGUACAUGCGUGUGUAAAAACGGUUUCUUACUUCUUACUGUCCUCAAUGUCCAUUCUAGCUUAAUGUCCUUUUGUUCGGACUCCUGUAUAGCAACAACUGUGAUUGUCUUGACAGCAUAACAAAAGAAAAAUGAGGCUCAGCAGUGAGAUGCCUCAUGCAUCAUGGUCCUUUCUGCCUGAAAGAGAGGAUUUUGUACCUCAAAAUCUGCCAAAAAUCAUACAAAGCAACCUGGGAGCAUCACUCAGUAUAAUAAGGUAUGAAAAUGUGUUGAAAUAUUUUGUAUAUUACUGCACCAAUAGUAUUUUCCAAGUUGUUGUUUUUUUAUGCAAAUUGUCAACAUCUUUUUAUUCGGUCAUUUUUUACUUUCUUGAAUGUGUUUGAUGACAGAU